AUGUCUGAUGGACGUGAAAGGCUGUCUGGCUCCAGUUUUUUAGAAGGUCGCUCGGGUGGACCCAAAACAACGGAGUGUGAAGCUCAAGCAUCGAAUCCGGACGGAGAGCAAGGAAAUGAAGAUAUAUUACUUCACGAUAGUAGUGGUGAUCAACUAAAGAAGAGUAUUUCCAAACCAACUGUCAACUCAUUGUCACCGACUGAAAGUAAUCCGCCGUCCUUGAACUCGGAUCCUGCAUCGUGGCCUAGAAUUGUAGGAGCUGCAGAGAGAAAUUUUUUGGUGACACUUGGUCCACCUAAACCUUUGUAUGAUUAUAGAUUUCCGUGUGAUGUCACUGGUCGUAAAUUUAGUUCAGAGUAUUAUACUCGUCGUUUAAGAAAUGGGGAGCAAGUCCCAAGAGACUGGUUAGUUUACUCUAUUUCAAAAAACUGCAUGUAUAGUUUCUGUUAUAAACUUUUCGGCUACAUGUCUAGUUCUCUUUCAAAAGAACUUUUUAUGAGUUGGAAGCACAUUGCUGAAACUUUAACAGAGCACGAAACUUCUAAACAUCAAAUUCAGGCUCAAAAAUCUUGGUUAGAAUUCAGUCAAAGGUUAAAAAUCAGUCAAACUAUAGACCCAGCUGCUUAA